CUUCAGGAUGCAUGAUUCUGUCUGAAGUAGUAGUAGUAGCAACAAGAAAGAUUAAUUAGAAUAGCUAAAAGAUGGUCCAGGAUCCACCAUCAUGCUCAUAAUUUAGCAGAUAACUUGAGGCAAGCACCCUACAUAAUUAUGCUUAAUGGUCGAGACAAAAGUAGCAAUCAUGUAUAAUAAAGAACAAAAGUGUGUUGGCAUGCAUAUCUUAUACUGAUAUGCAAGGCUCAGCUUACCAGGAUUCUAGUUGUCUGCUUGUUUAGAUGAGCAUUUAGUGUGUAUAUAUAUAAGAAAGUAGAGCAGAAGGCUGAGAAACAGAUCCAUCAUCUUCCCCUUCUAGCUCCAAUCCUUCAAGAUAUUGGCUGAAAAGAAAGCAGCAAUGGCCUGUUCGGCUUCAACAGAAGAGAAGACUUUUCAUGUUCGCUCAGUCAGCUUACCUUCCCAAGCUAAUCCUACUACGGUCAGAGUUGAAGAAGAGCUACACAAACUUAGAAUUUGUGUAGAACCAUCGGCAUCUUCGGUGACGAGGGAGAUGAACUGCAAUGGGUUGAGACACCUUGGUGAAGUGUAUGAUGGCAUGGAGGAUCUUCUUCACCUCCCAAGCAUCCAACAAGGUCUGCUCCACCUUGGACAGAAGAAAACAUGGCAGCAACAUCUGGAUGGCUCGAUCAAAUUGUUGGACUUCUUUGGCAUAAUUAAGGAUGCAGUCAGCUCAACUAAAGAAAGCAUUCAGGAUCUCCAGUUAUUGGUUCGGAGAAGAGGCAAGAAUUCCCUGGAAGAUAGACUGAAGGCUCAUAUUCGUUCGAGAAAGGCAAUGCAGAAGGUGAUCAAGAAGAGAUACAAAGACAUGAAGCAGGUCCAGGGCAAAUGUCAACCUGAAACUGAACCUAUGGAGCUAUCAGUGAUCAUGAGGCUUCUGAACGAAGCAAGCGUGAUCACUAGGUCUCUCCUUUGCGCAAUCAUGCAUUCAAUGUUUGCACAAAGAACAAAAGGUAGCCAGUGGUCACUUUCCUCAAAGGCCACGAGAGUGGCUUGUGAGAACUUGUGUCAGUCCUGGAACGUGGAUGUCUUGCCGUACAACCUUAAAGAUGCAGACAUCGAGCAGAUCACAAUGGUGCGAGGUCAAUUGAUGGCAAUAGAGAACAGUCUUGGAGACCUUGAGAAUGGUUUGGAGAGCUUAUUUCAGAGAUUAAUUCGGAAUCGAGCUUCAAUUCUCAACAUUCUUAGCGUCUAG